UGACGUCAGAGUGUCUCCUCUUGUCAGUUGUUCAACAUGGCGGCGGUGGAUGUCAUUGUGGACAACUUGGUGACUCUCUGGAGGAUACCGUCCGUCCGACAAAACUUCCACUGGAUAUUUUUACUCAUUUCGGUCGUGGGAUCGAUUCUGAAAGAGCUGGAGCUCGUCCCGCAGACAUAUUUCAGCAGCACCAGAAACGCCCUGAAUGUGUAUUUUGUCAAAGUGUCCUGGGGGUGGACAUUGCUGCUGCUGACCCCUUUCCUCCUCCUCUCCAACUCCUCCUUCAGCAGGAGCGUUACCUUCCUCUGCCGGCGGCUGCUGUCUCUGGCGGUGGCAACAGCUGUUUGGUACGUCUGCACCGAGACCUUCUUCUACAUCGAGGACGCGACCGGCUCGUGUUUUGAAACCGACACCAUGGAUGUUAUCAACAAGGAGCUCGCAUCCAAAGUCAGCUGCAGGCGGGCCGGCUUCCACUGGCACGGCUACGACAUCUCAGGACAUUCCUUCAUCCUCGCCUACUCUGCUCUCUUCAUCGUGGAGGAAACUGCACCGAUGGCCUCCCUGAAAACAGCCAAUCUUUCCGCACUACCCAGGAUGGUCCUCAACCUGCUGUAUGUGGCCUUGAAUCUGAUAGUGAUCGUUUGGGUGUGGAUGUUUGCCUGCACUUCUGUUUACUUCCAUGACCCGUCUCACAAGUUGCUAGGGACCUUAUGUGGCCUGUUAGGGUGGUAUCUGACGUAUCGUGUUUGGUAUCUAAAACCUUUGUCCCCAGGCCUCCCUCCUCAGCGCCACCCAAAAGAGCAGAAGCAACACGCUUAAGCUGCUGUCAUAUUUUCCUGUACAUCAUCUUCACUAAUAUUGCAGCCAUCCUCUAAACAACACAUUACAGUUAAUGUUAUCUGUCUCCAGGUCCAAGCUGGCCAUUCCAUUUAAAGCUAUUUUUAAGUUAUUCCCUCCGCACAGAACGGUUGUUUUGUACAGGAUGGAGUUUGGCAGCUGCUGUUCCCAAAAUGACUUGUAAUCUGAGCAAGACGCUGCUCUGCUGCUCUGCUGCUCAGCGUCCGCCUCUGAGGCUCGCAUGCUACUCCAGCGCUUGUCCCCCAGUUUGUUGCCUUAUAAUGUUUUACUCAUGACUGAGUAUUUAUAGUUAGAUGUCUGAGUGAGAACACUUGAGAAUGUUUACAGCUCCAGUUGUAUAGCACUAAUGAUGUGUAUGUUUUGCAGACCAGUGUAAGAAGCUAUACAUUGUUUUUACAGGAAACUACCUUCAGCACAAAGUCAGAUCAGACACUGUCACUGCAGUGGGCCUGGAUGAUUUAUUGAUUUUAAAUGAGCUGUCACAUAUGUUUUGGGGUCACUGUGACUGUCAACACUAUGUAAAGUUUGAAUAGCAGGUGUAAAGAUAUGUUUAAUGUCUCAUCAUACAUAGCUUGUAAUGCUUUAAAGGUUAUGGCUGGAAAUAUCUAAGUCGUGUUUUGUCCAAUAAAUUGUUCAAACCCCAAAACAUUCAAUUUACAAUCACAGGACAAAGAAAAGCACCAAAUCCUCACAAGUGUAAAGUGUUUGGUGUUUUAAAUUUUAAAAAAAUCAACAAAUGAUUUGAUUAUCAAAACAGUUGCAGAUUAAUUUUCUGUUAGAUUUAUCGAUUACUGAACUAAUUGUUUCAGUUUAUUGUUUUUGUUGUCAACAACACCAUGAAAAGACCAAAGUAGUCUCGAGUUUGCGUGCCACAGAGGAAACUUGUAAAAGAUUAAAAGAUUUGAGUCUGGUUUUGGUCUUCAUGGGAUUUGUUGACGAUAAAAAUGACCGAGAUUAACCCCAGCCUUAUCCUGUAAGGGGGAAUUUACCAACAUGUAAAUCAGUUUUUUUUAGAAUGCUAGUUUGUCACAAGCAAAUAACUGUUUUGAAGCAUUGAUGUGUGCAUCUUUAGUGAUGUCUCAAACACUAACAAGCUCUUCAGUGAGGGGACGUGGUGAAAUAAAAACCAGUGUAUUUCCA